UCCUUGACCCUCUUCUUCCCUUCUCCUUCUCUCUCUUCUUCUCUCUCUUCCUUUCUUUCUUCUCGCGGAGCCGCUAUGCAACAAUGCCGCCUCGUAGGCACGGGGCUCUAGACGACUACACGUCUGCUGUGCCUCAAAUCAUCUUGUCAACAUCUGACUCCGACUACCUCGACCACCUCAUCCCCGUGCUCAAGGAUGCCACCAACUCGCGACGAACGCCGGCGCUGCUGCAGUCCCUGUCCCGCUACUCCGAGGAUCGCGAGGCAGACAUUGAGCGGAUCGGAUUGACCAAGCACGAGGAGUUCCUCGACUCGGUUCACAGACUGCAAGAGGUCCGCGAAGGCACUGUGAACCUCACCACCGAGAUCCUCAAGCUCAACCAGUCGAUCCAAGCAAGCACCGAGAAGCUUGCUGACCAAAAGGGCGCCCUUGUCAAUACAAAGGCUGUGCGCCAGAACAUCGCAGACGCGGCGGAUGCCCUUCGAGAGUCCCUUACGGUGCUGCAUGCCGUCAACCACUCCCACGAGCUUGUACGCCGCAAGAAGUACUACUCGGCCCUCAAGUCGCUGCAGGACCUGCAGAAUGAGCAUCUCGUCCCGAUCCUCCAGAACCGAUAUGCGACCCAGCACCGCCUGGCAGAUGCGAUUCAGAAAUCUCUCCCCGCUUCUCGGCGAGCCAUAUCGGAAGCGGUAAUGUCUGACCUCAACACGUGGCUUUACCGAAUCCGCGAGACUUCACAGUUUCUCGGCGAAGUCGCAUUCUAUCAUACCGAGAUGCGCAGAUCCAGGCAACGGGCGCGGAUUGAGAACGAGAAGUUCUUGGAGAACUUUAAGCUGAACUCGUCCAUUGAGCUCAUCUCUGAUGAAAACGAAGAGUUUGACGUCUUAGACAAUGAGGAGCUUCAGGUCGACUUCACGCCCUUGUUCGAGGCUCUGCACAUCCACGAUGCUCUCGGGCAUAGCGACCGUUUUCGCUCGGAAUACGCCUCUACCCGCCGCCAGCAGAAGGACCUCCUUGUCCCAACCUCGAUUGAUUUGCUCGCCGAGGACGGAUCGUCUCUCAGCAGCUUGCUCGAGGGCAUUGCAGGAUUCGCAAUCAUUGAAAAGGCGACAAUGCAGCGGGUUCCAUACCUACGUUCUGUUGUUGAUGUGGAAGAGCUGUGGGACUCCAUGUGCACCGCGGCUAUAAAACUCACAACAAAGGGUCUCGCAAACAUUGAUAACGCCGAGAUAUUACUCAAGAUCAAGAGCGUCAUUGCCCUGUUCAUUCAAACCAUGGAAGGCUGGGGAUACUCUGUAUCUGCUCUUGAUAAUUUCCUCCUACAGCUCUUCGACAAGUACGCCCAGCUGCUGAAGCGUCGAUUCAGUGAAGACUUCCAAGAGAUUGUUUCCACUGAUGACUAUAUGCCGAUGGCGAUUAACUCCCUCAGCGACUACGAAAAGGUGGUCAACGUCAGCUGGUUCACGCCAGAUCGGCCUGUAGAGGAGCUUACGUUCCCCUGUGUUUUGCCGUUUUCGCAGAUGUACCCGCUCUGCUGCAUUGACAUUCGCAAUUUCCUGAACCAAUUCUAUUUCUUCCUUGAUGAUCAUUUCCAGCAUUCAGACAUCAUCGAUGAGACACUCCGAAAGUCUCUGGAUGAGCUUCUCAGUGAGAAGAUUCUCAUCAAUCUGGAGCACUUUGAGAUAGCAUGCCGUGAGCUGGAGCAGCUGUUGAUCAGAGCAAGGUCGUCCACCUCGGCGGGCGGCCCCCUGAGGUUGAAUGCGACGGAAGAGUUUCGCAACAAUAAAAAGACAGCGGAGAAGCGAAUAUUCGAGCUGGUCAACUCCAAAAUCGACGAUCUUGUCGACACGGCAGAAUACGAUUGGCUGGCGAACGAGGUGCCGAGCGAACCAAGCAACUAUAUGCAGACGCUCACUCGCUAUCUGUCCAACAUCAUGAACUCGACGCUUCUGGGACUGCCAAGAGAGAUCAAGGAGUUGAUUUACUUUGAUGCUCUAAGCCACGCGGCCGAAAAGAUUCUGGCGCUCCCCCUUUCACCCGAGGUUCGACACAUCAACGGGCAUGGAGUCUCGGCCCUGGCCCAAGACGUCAACUAUCUUACAGAAUUUGUCGGGAGCCUCGAGAACGGACAGAUGCUACGAGAAAAUCUGGACGAGCUUCAGCAGACUGUCAAUCUGAUGCAGUCCGAUAACCACGAGGAAUUCUUUGAUAUCUCAAUUCGCAACAAGAAAUAUGGCCGAGUUGACGUCCUCAAUGGACCGAUGCUACUCGAGAAGCUCACUCCUACUGCGCAGCCUUCGGGGAGAGCUGCGCCACUCUCCAACUUAUCUCGCUUCGCCAUUAUGAAAUGAGGCAAACCGCCGUGUGGGGAUGCCUCUCCAACCCACGAGGUAUGUUGACUAUUGUUUGCAUACGUUUGGAGGGUUUUCCCGCAUUCAGCAGUCAACCAGGAAGCAGCCCUUGGGCAGUUAUUUUCACGUGCCACAACGCAAUUUGACAACAGUGCCUGCCACGUUGGUGUCUGGACCCAACAGCCAUUCCACCCUCUCAUCGCCCAGAGCGAGGAUCCUAUUCAAAGUCUUCGGAUGGCAUGGGCGGCUGUCGGCGGCGGUUAGCAGGGCAGUGUGCUGCAGCGGAGACGGAGAUGACUUCCUACCUGUUGCGGCUGCAUUGCUGAAUACUGGUACAUGUUAUCCAUCUCACCAUACAUGGCCGCCUGCGGCUGCGGUUGUCCGUAGGCGGCGGGAGGGGCCUGGGGGACCUGGCCGGGAUACAUGCUGGGGGGCUGCCUGUAGUCCUGCUCAGACGGAAGCGCAUGCCCGCCUAUGUAGUCUGCGGUGGCCAUGGAGUGGGACGACGGAUGGCCGGCCGCCGGGGCCAUGCCGGCGUGCUGCCCGGGCAUGGGUGCCUGGCCUGCGCCGGGGACGGAUUGGGCGGCGGACGGCUGUGUGUUGGUUCGUUUAGCAUGUGCGGUAGCCUCCUCACGAGGGACAAUGUCGAUGAGGAAAUCAAACAUGUCGGACUUUGCGAGCGCAGAGGCAAUGUCGGAGCGCUGCAGCGUGCGCCUCUUGUUUUCCUCGGCAUGAAUCCAGGCUCGCAUGGUGAGCUCCGUGAUGAAUAUGUCGCAGCCCUUGGCGAAGAGGAUGGGCGCUUCGGCGGAUAUCAUCUUGACUUCGGGAUCGGCCUUCAUGACCUUUUUGAUGCGAGCGAGGGGCAGCUGAUGAAUCUUGUAGUCGUGCGUGUCGCUCUCCAGGUGGCUGAUGGUUUGCUGCCAGUAAGUCGUCAAGAUGUCCUUGUACUGGCCUGUGAGGCCCUGGUGAACCUGGAGAGGCGCCAGUAAAAGAUUAGCAAACAAUGCCAUAGGGCCAUCACAUAGAUGGGAUAGGGAGGGAGAGCACAGAAGGAGGACAUACGUUAGCCCAGGGUCCGGUGUAGAGCUCUGCCGGCGCAAAGCCUUGCGAGGCAAGCUGUCAUGCUUGUGUUAGCCCAGAUCGAUCGGAAGGGCCGUUGGGAGAGGAUACGAACUGCAGCACAGGCACCUGGAAGCAAAGGCGCAUUAGUCGUUUGGUUUGGACAACUGAGAGCUGGGGGGAGGGGGGGGGAGGCGCCGUCCGCUUGCUUGAAAGACUACUAACCAUAGUGUCCGCCUUGUGUGGGAUCAUAGACUGGCGUCGGCCGGUUAUGUGACGGGUGCGUUGGCGCGGAUUGGUUCUGGGAUUCCAU